AGGCCCCGGCGCCGCCCUCAGUCCGCGGGCGCUGGCUGACGCGGGUGGCUGGGACCGUUAGCUCGCCAGGCUGGCAGGCUCCCGGCCCUACUCCGCCGGCGGCCGGGAUGGAGACGAUGCGAGCUCAGCGGCUGCAGCCCGGAGUGGGCACCGGCGGGAGGGGCACUCUUCGGGCGCUGCGGCCCGGGGUGACGGGGGCCGCCGCCGCUGCUCCUGUCCGGGGCCCCGGGGCUGUCCCUGCCCCCUGGCGCCGCGGGCAGCCCCGCUGUGCUGCGCGAGGCGGUGGAGGCCGUGGUCAGGAGCUUCGCCAAGCACACGCAGGGCUAUGGCCGAGUGAACGUGGUGGAGGCACUGCAGGAAUUCUGGCAGAUGAAGCAGUCUCGUGGGGCCGACUUGAAGAAUGGGGCUCUGGUGGUCUAUGAGAUGGUUCCUUCCAACAGCCCUCCCUAUGUCUGCUAUGUCACCCUGCCUGGGGGAAGUUGCUUUGGGAGUUUUCAGUUUUGCCCCACAAAAGCCGAGGCCCGGAGGAGUGCAGCAAAGAUUGCUCUAAUGAAUUCUGUGUUCAAUGAACAUCCUUCCCGAAGAAUCACUGACGAGUUCAUCGAGAAGAGUGUCUCUGAGGCCCUGGCAUCUUUCAAUGGCAACAGGGAGGAAGCUGACAACCCAAAUACGGGAAUUGGUGCCUUCCGAUUCAUGUUGGAAUCUAACAAGGGCAAGUCUAUGUUGGAGUUCCAGGAGCUAAUGACAGUAUUUCAACUGCUGCACUGGAAUGGCAGCCUUAAAGCCAUGAGGGAAAGACAGUGUUCUCGGCAGGAGGUGUUGGCUCAUUAUUCACACCGGGCCCUGGAUGAUGAUAUUCGCCACCAAAUGGCCUUGGACUGGGUGAGCCGGGAGCAGAGUGUGCCAGGGGCACUGUCUAGAGAGCUGGCCUCUACUGAACGGGAGCUGGAUGAAGCUCGGCUGGCAGGCAAGGAGCUGCGCUUUCACAAGGAGAAGAAAGAUAUUCUCAUGCUGGCUGCUGGGCAGUUGGGCAAUAUGCAUUCCUCCAACUGCUAGGCACCUUUCCUCAUGUUCCCCAUCCUUGCCACACCCUUUUUGUAUGUCUCCUUUCUAAGACUUAGGAUGAUUUCUGUAUAUAAUUUCUCAAUUUUAUACUUUAAAAAAUAUAUAUGUAUAACUUCUAUACCUGGAUUCCUAUUUACUAAGAGAUCCCUUUUCUAACUUCCAGUUUGGGGAUGGUUUCAAAUGAAACAUCUCCAUUCCACUUUACAAGAAAGAGUAGUCUGUCUCUAGAGCGUUGUUGGCUCUUACACUUCCAGACAAAGGCUCUAGUCAUUUCAGCAGCACAGCCUAAUUGACUAAGUGUUCAUAUGCUAUUUCCUUCUUUUAAAAGAACAGUAGACUGGAGGAGGACUGGAUGCCCCACCCUCAACUUCAUUCUUGCUUUCUCUUGUACUCAAACAGGGUAUGUGUAAGAAGCCUUUGGCUUUGGUUUAUCUCAAGCUGGAUCUGUGUGGUAUCCUUUCUUUCCCCUCUAGUUCCUUACUUCUUCUUUGCCUCCAAAAGCUCCUUUAUUUUGAGGCUUUCUUACCUUAU